CAACUAUUGUGCUACGACCGAAUGUGGGGGAUCUUGUCGUCAAACAAUCUUAAAUCCGGAAGUGCUGCUGAUCUAUAAAAGCUGUUCUUCUUUUGGCAAUAUCCUACCAUUCCCAUUUUAUCAGUCGACUAAAAUGGCAAUCCUACCUUUCACCGACUCACAAUGGAAAGCAGUACAAGUCCCAUCAAAAGAAGAUGCCAAAGUAACACAAACUGAAUUGCAACUACGAGCAGGACCUAAAACGGAUUGGUGGAGAAGUGCAAAAGGAAGUAUACCGGAAAGUGAUGUUGAUAGACAUGAUGGUCCGUUAUUCGUUUUUGAUGUAAAAGAUGAUCAACAAUCUUGGACGGCUAGCGUUUGGUUAGCCGUAGAUCAUAAAGAACGGUUUCAGCAGGCUACUCUAUUUGUCGGACAGGGAGACUAUCAGACAGGAAAAGAGCCUUGGUUGAAAGCGGGCAUCGAGAUCGAAGAUAGAAAGCAGAAUAUCGGGUAGGUAUGACUAGCAGUCAGAAUUGUAUGACGGUAUCAAGCUGACCAUAUAUGCAUGAUUAUCGCUUCACAGAUCCGUUGUAGCUCAACCUAUAAGUGAUUGGGCUUUAUUCCCGGUUCCCAGCAAGGUCUCUCAAAAAGAAGGUGAAUGGCUUUAUAUCGAAGCAAAGAGAACGGGAGCAGAUAUUAUCCUGUCUUAUUCGAUUGGUUCACCAGAUCAGACAACUCAUCAAAAGCACCUGAUGCGAGAAGUUAAAGGGUUCGCAAAAUCCAACGGAAAGCCAUGGCAAAUAGGUGUGAUGACAUGUGGACCUAUGAGUGAAGAAACUGUUUCCACUUUCCGUUCAUUCUCAUUUUCUAAGGAGUGAUGGAUUGUAUUGAUGAAUGGCUAUUUGUACUUGAUUGACUCUGAG